CAGCAAAUGCAAAAACAGAAAAUCUUGUAAAAAUCAAAAGCAGUUUGCAUUUCAGCAUUUGCGGUAAUUUGUUAGACCGUGUCUUUGAUAAUACAUACACUGCAGUACUAGUAGUGUUAUAAAUUAGGUAAUUUGAUACGAUAUUUGUUUAAAGGAAAGCCUCAUGGUCCUAUAAUGAACAUGGAGAAAUCUAGUGGCAUACCGAUUCUCCCAGAGAACAGGAUAACCGACGCAGCCCAAAAGCCUUUAUCACUGGAUUUAAAAUCUGGUAAUGACGACACCACAUACUCUUCUAGCAAAGGAGAAUCAGAGGGAUCGCUGUCCCAUGAAGAUUACUCCAGGACGCCCGACUCUGGCCCAAAUGGGGAUUUCGAGGAGGAAGAUCUAUCGAAGCCUGAACCAGAUAGUCAGGAUGUGUCUCCUCUCGACGAUCCGGAAUCGAGUGAUUUAGUGGAGUUUGUCGUGGAUGAUUUCGUUCAGCGAAUACGAGAAGGGGGACCAGUUGGGUCAUCCUCUGCAUUUAGUCUGGUCCCCGUAGAUCCCCGAAUUUUGCAGAAUUUGGAUCAGCUCAUUCAGAAACUUUGCGAAAACGUUGCCGAAAUGAAUACGAUAUUAUCAGGGCAAAUACAGCAGAUGUGCCGAAUUACAGCUGAACACGUUAGAACUUACAGAAGCGGAAUAGAAAAAACAUGCGACAACGUCGAUAUCUGCAUCAAAACGAUGUACCAGCUGAUGGCACGUACAGAAGAAGUGCAUCGACAAAUGGGCCAAAUUUCCCAAGUUUACGAUCAAGUAAAAGAACUCAAGCGAAUGGUUACAAUACUGGAAGGAUACGUGGAUAGUUUAUGAUUUAUAUAACAUAUACAGCCAUAAUACAGGAAAUAGAAAUCUAACAGUCCAGAUUCCAGAAUACAAUUUUUAAAUCUGUGAUCUAGCUAGUGCUGUAUCAUGCAUCACUUCAGUUGUCCGAUUUUGGUCGAUUUAUGGCUUGGAACUCCACUGAUCUCGAAGGAUCCGUAGGAAACAGUUGCUGCAUUUUUGUUAUUAGUCGUUUAAAUCCCUGUAUGUAUUUUCGUUGUGUUUCGUCGUUCAGGACAUCUGUAACGGCAAUUUAGUCGUCUUGAUAUUUAGAAAUUAAUAAAAAAAAACUC